ACAGCCAUGGAAGUUUAAGAAUAUAAUAUAAAUGAACAAAUUAAAUAAAUAAGGUAAGGAAUGUGUGUGUAUAUAUGUAUGGUGUUGAGGGUUUUGGGUAAGCAAUUAUUAUGGAGAUCAUGAAGCAAGAAGAAAUGGGUGGGGUUGUAAAUGAGGUGAAUGCACUUUUGAGUAAACUAGAGGAAAGUAUUGGAAUGGAAGAGUUCUUAUCAACACAACACAUCAAACCUUCAAUCUACAAAAUACCACAAUUCAUUAGAGAAGUUAAUCCCAAAGCUUAUGAGCCGAAGUUGGUGUCUUUGGGGCCAUACCAUUAUGGGAAACCCCAUUUGCUUCCAAUGGAAAGGGAGAAACACAAAGCUUUUCUCCAUUUUAAAGCUAGAAACAAUCUGUAUUUAGAAUCCAUUGUUGAUAGCGUUUGCAGCAUUUUGGAAGAUUUGUUGGGGUCGUACGACGAUAAUCUUGAUGAUAGAUGGAAGGAAGAUGUUGCAAUGUUCUUGAAGCUCAUGAUUGUUGAUGGCUGUUUUGUGCUUGAUUUAAUCAGUGAAUUAAGUUCAAAAUCGCUUGGUCGUUGUAUGAUUUGGGAUAUAAAGAGGGACAUGGUGUUGCUUGAAAAUCAGUUACCUUUGCAACUUCUUAAACAACUGCAUGCCUUAACAACAACCAAUGAAAAUGAAAAAGAGAAUUUGGAUUUAGAAGCAAUGAUUUGGUCCUGGAUGGGGCUUUCAGGGGAAAUAUUAUCAAUGAGAAGUCCUUUGCACAUUUUGGAUAUAUAUAGAUCUUCGUUAUUGUCUCCUACAAGAUGCAAACAGGAUGAGACUCAUGAGAAUACGAUCACAAUAUUGGAAUGGACACUAACCAAUGAGGAGAACGUAGAGUACUGUCAAAGCAAUAUUCGAUCGGCAACACAACUUCGUAAAGCAGGGAUAAAAUUCGAGAAAAGCAGUACAAACAACCUAAUGGACGUGUCGUUUGACUUCAAACAACGCGUCCUGAGGCUGCCAUCUCUAGCAAUAGACGACAUCCUCACUGAACCGACUUUAAUAAACAUCAUGGCAUUUGAGAAGCUCCAUGUUGGGGUUGAAAGGCAAGUCACUUCUUUCGUAGUGUUGAUGAAAAAUCUAAUAGGAAUGGAGAAAGAUGUGUCAUUGUUGGCAUCUAAAGGAAUAUUAUCUUCUAAUGUAAUUCAUGACGGUAAUGGUGUAGUACAAUUGUUCAAUGUAUUGGCCAAAGGACAGACAAAAUAUUUGGAGAGCCACAUGUAUGAACUAUUCAGGAUGUUGAAUUGUUAUCAUGACAAUCGAUGGAGUAUUUGGUUGGAAAAUCUCAAACUCAAAGUUCCCCAAACUAAGAAUUCCUGGCAAAUCAUCUCUAUUGCUCUCUUCACCUUUGGCUUUACGUACCCAUUUGUCCAGGCUAUCACUGAUAAACGUCAUCGUAGAAAGCAGUAGUUCAUCAUCCUAACACGUUUAUCAUCUCAUAUAUAUAUAUAUAUAUAUAUAUAUAUGUAUGUAUUUGUGUGUGUGUGUUUUUUUUAAACUUUAAUUUCCUUCU